AUGCUUCCUCUUCUCCUAGCCUGCUUCUUCUUUGAAUGGACUGUGGCUGCCGCUCAGGCUCCUCGUCAUGUAGCAGUAGACAUCAACAAGGCAAACAUGACAAUGACUGCAGCCGCGGUUCAAUCCGGAGCCAUCCUCGGCAGGCAAUUACAAGACCCAAACACUUGUGGCUACGUUGCGAUCCACAGUAUCAAACCCAGGCAGCAGAACUUUGAUAUGGCCCCUUCGACGGCUACAUCUUUUACUCCGUCUUUGACUGGUAGUGCGUCUGCCACCAGGCCUACUACACCACCACCGUCGACAUUGUACACUUCGCUGGCUCCUCCUACCGGUACUUCUACCGGGAAACCAAAUCCAGGUGCACCCCCGACAGACAGUCGUCCUCCGACAGGUAGUCCUUCGUCAUACAGCCCACCUCCAGAAGCAACCCCUUCUGCAUCAGACAAGCCGCCAGCGCCGCCGCCCGGAAGCGGCAUCAUGCAAGGUACUACUAGAUCUCACCAGCGUGUCUCGUGUCGAACCAGCACUCACAUUUAA